CUCGUUUAAGCCGGACUUGGUAUUUAACAACGGCAUUAGAUGAUACAUGGCUCUUGUGUCUAGAAAGAAAUUCAAGCCAGGGCGACAACAUAAUCAAGCUGUUGAUUCUGCCAGGCCUCAAUAGUUUGGCAGGUUACUUUCUGUUGGCUUGGUAGGUUUGAGUCUCGGUGGUGGUAUCGGGACGUUUCAGGGACGGCAUGGCCUGGUGAUGGAAACUCUUGUGUCGGUACGUCUAGCAACGGCCCAGAGUGACGUCAUUGUGGUGUCCAUGAAGGAAAAUACAGAACUCUUCUGGGCACUGCGCGGCGCUGGCCCCAACUUUGGCAUAGUCAUAUCAGUGACGUAUCGAGUGUUCGACGCAAUCAAUGAGGGUCAAUUAUUCCGGAACAUGCACACAGAACCAGCGCUGUAUUCCGAAGUCGACGCAUUCACGCGGUAUUUGAGGUCUCUUUUCGUCGCGACGAGUGGAAUCAACGGCUUGAAGGCUCAUAUCAACUAUGCGCACGGAGACGAGUCUCUAAAGGUCUUGUACAGGUCGUCUAAUCUGCCGAGGCUGGUAGAACUGAAACAAAAGUGGGACCCGUCCAACGCCUUUGGAAAGGGAGUUCCCAUGACGCUGUCUUUGUGAGAUAAUAUACGGUGACGCUAUGUCACACUGUACGUUGGAACGCCUCAUAUACUCUAUCUUGGUUCCGCCCGCUCUCUUUGUAGAAGAGUAGUUAGUAUGCUGUAUUAUUUACUAAGGCAUUAUCAUGAGCCUCCAAGCCCAUAGAUUCAUUAUUAACAAUGUC